UACGCAUGCGCGAGGGGAGGGGGAGCAGUGUGGGUGUGGGCGUGGGGGUGCCUGCAUGAUUGUAUGCAUACGUGUUUGCGUAAGUGCGUGCGUAUUACGUGUAUGGCGUCGAUCGAGAGGUCUCUGCUCUUCGAUUGAGGGUGCCUGGGCGGAGAGAGCGGAAGUGUAGGCCGAUCUCGAUUAGUGCUUCCUGGCUUCUUCCGGCGCCAUGGCGGUCAACGCUACCACUAACCCCUCGCAGCUUCUGCCGCUUGAACUCGUGGACAAAUGUAUAGGUUCCCGGAUUCACAUCGUGAUGAAGAGCGACAAAGAAAUCGUGGGCACCUUGCUGGGAUUCGAUGACUUUGUCAAUAUGGUGUUGGAAGAUGUCACUGAGUUUGAGAUCACACCUGAAGGAAGGAGAAUAACCAAGCUUGAUCAGAUCUUGCUAAAUGGAAAUAACAUAACAAUGCUCGUUCCUGGAGGAGAAGGACCUGAAGUAUGAAGUUGGAAGGGACUCUGAUCACAUACAGGAUCUUUUUUGGUUGUUGGCCUGCCAAAUGGAGGGCUUUUUGUUUUUUGUUCUUUACUUUUAAUGUUGAUAUUUGAUACAGUUAAAUUUCCUGUUAAAGGGAAAAUUCUUUAGGGAUGAUUGUAAAUUCUAUUUUUUGUAAAUUAGAAUCAUGAAUUUCUUGUAAAAGAAGAAAUCAGUUGAUGUUCCAAGUCUAAAAUAAAGACUUUUUUUUCAUUA